UCGGUUGUUGUUUUGUCUAAAAUAUUUUUGAUUCAUUGGAAGUUGAGACUUAAAAAGUGAUUUUUUUUUGGGUGAUAAAAAUGGAUAUGAUUAAUAAAAUUAAAUCAACGUCGCUCUCUAUGGCUGAGAAGCUUACUCCCGUUCUUAAGGAGUCUAAAUUUAAAGAGAAUGGACGAUUGACGCCAGAAGAGUUUGUUGCUGCUGGCGAUCACUUAGUUCAUAUGUGUAGGACAUGGAACUGGUCGAAUGGAGAUGAAUCAAAGAUUAAAUCUUAUUUGCCAGCAGAUAAACAAUAUCUAGUUACAAAGAAUGUUCCUUGUCAAAGACGAUGCAAAGAUAUGGAAUUUAGUGGCAUUGAAAAAAUUGUAGAGGAAACAGAAGGCGAAGAUGGCUGGGUGACUCAAGAAGUCGAUGACGAAAAUGAGAUUAAUGAGAGCGUAGCAGAAAUGACAUUAGAAAGCAACAAAAUAGACGAGUUGCGCGAAAAGGAAACAAAUACUCAAGAUGAGGAAGAAGAGGAGGCAUUAGAUAUGGAGGAUUUUGAAGAAUCAGGCAUGCUGGAAACUAUUGAUCCAUCUGUUGCCAUUGUUCAGCCAACUGCUAGUAAAUCUGCGGAUCCAAACAAUGAAAUUGAUUCUGUCGUACAUUGUCGCUCUUAUGAUCUUCAUAUUGUCUAUAAUAAGUAUUAUCAAACACCGCAUCUCUUCCUUAUUGGGUAUGAUGAGAAUAAGAAACUAUUGACUGUCGAUGAAAUGUUUGAGGAUGUUUCACAGGAUAAUGCUAAGAAGACUGUCACUUUCGAGCAACAUCCCCAUUUGGGACCUUCGAUGUUAGCUGUUCAUCCUUGCAGACAUGGAGAUUUAAUGAAGAAGUUCAUACAGAUUGCAGAGGAAGGCGGCAAUGAAUUAUCGGUUUACUCUUAUCUCAUCAUUUUCCUAAAGUUUGUGCAGUCUGUAAUUCCAACAAUCAACUACGAUUUCUCUCAAACAAUAAAGACCAAUUAAAUGCGAGAGAUUACUGCUACCUAAAUUUGCUUCAAAUGCCAUUACCCACUGAUAAUUAAACUAUCUCAAUGUUACAUUGCUGCAUAAAAUAAUAAUAAUUGGAUUGGCAUGAAACGAAGAACUGCUUAAUUUGUAAGGAAUGAAAAAAUUCAAGAAAAAUAAAGAGAUUCGUGCUAAGUGUUACUUUAUCUCUCAAUGUAAAUCAUUUAAUUUUACAUUUAUUCCGUGCAAUUUAGAAAGGCAGUGCAAUUACAAAUACCAUAACUUUAUACCUCCUUAUAUCUUAAGUACAGGUAACACAUUUGAAAUGUCUCAUUCGAUAAUUUGACUACAUAGAAUCUACUUUUAGUAUAUUGAGACUUAAUUAACAUCCAU